AUGCCGGGUUUGUCUGACCAUGUGCCCCAUGAGAGCUUUGAAGGCGACGCGUUUGCACAGGGCCUGUGCCAGCAUCGCUUCCAAGUGGCGGCGGCUGGCGAGCACGGCGGCCAGGAUCAUGCCGUGGCGGCGCAGGCCGGCAGCGCUGCGGACCCCGGCGGGCCCUGGGACACGCUCUGCAUUGUAGCCCCUCAGUGCGAGGUGUACGUGAGCGUGGGCCCCGCGGACGGGACCGCGCGCUGGGAAGGGAGCUGGACAUACCCCCUGUUCAGCCCCAGAGCAGAGGGGGAGCACAGAGAAAACAGCACCAAGCCCAGCACCAAUGUCCGGACCUGCACUGAAGCCAACUCUGCGCUCCCCAAGGAGAGGGAAAUGAUGAGGCUGUGGGACAGCGUUCUGGGAUCAGGCAAGCAAGACAUGAKGAACUACGCAGGCCACAAGGAAGAGGUGCGGACGCGAGCCCUGCAGACAGACAGAGCCAGGUGGGAGCGCAGCCUCAAAAGCCAGCAGCCCGCAGAGAGCUGGGCAAGAAACCGCCCGGAGAGCAGCUAUUUCUCCCUGGAGCGCCGCAAAUCCGACCCUCCCUGGGCUCCCCCGCUGCCGCGUGGCGGCCGCAGCACCUCGCCGGCGCGCAGCGAGCCGCCAUGCGCCGGCGGGCACCRCGCGGGCGCGGAGGGGCGGCACGGCAUGGAGAGGCAGGAGUACACGGCGCUCGCCGGCCUGCCCAAGCCCAAGCGCCUCAGCCGCGGGGAGGCUUUGGAGCGCAGCGGCGCCCGCACGCUCAGCCCCGGGCGCGUGGAGGUGGAGCGGAUAUUCGGCUGCGAGCGCAGGAAAUCCGAGACUCUGGAGGCUUUCCAGGCCCUGGAAGAGGGCCGUGUGGACCGGCUCGAUGGGAAGACCCCCAUUCCGCCCAGCAAGGGUCGACUAGCUCGGAGGCAGUCCAGCCCCACUCUGUUCAGAGAGGGCCAGCGGCUCUUCCGGCACCUUGAGCAGUGCAACAGGGACCCCAAGGCCUCCCUUCGCUCCCUGAGCCCAGSCCGGCAGCCGGAGAGGAACAGCAGGAGCCGCGGGGAUCUCCUGCAUCUCACGAGCCCAGCAACACGGGCAGAGAGGGACUGGCGGAAACCCAGAGAGUCUGCGAGCCCCGUCCAGCACCUGGAGAGAGACGGCAAAAGCCUGCGCUCCGCAAGCCCGGCUCGCAGGUCGGAGAGGAGAGCCGGGCAGGCCGCGAGCCCUCCCCAGCGCUCCGAGAAGGACUGGCGGAGCCGAGCAGAGGCCGCCCGCCCCGUGUGUCUGGAAAAACCCCCAGAAAGAGGCCGAGCUGCCUGGCAGACUGAGAGGACAGGGAAGAACCUGGAGAGGAAGAGCCGAGGGGAUUCCCUGCACUCCGUGAACCUCGGGAGCAGUUUGGAUAACAGCAGGCCUGGCCGGAUAGGGCCCCUGCGAUCGGUGAGUCCCAGGAGAGAGGCAGAGAGCACGUGGAAAAGCCAAAAGGAGAUUGCUCCUGCCAGCCUGGUGCGGAGCACGGAGGGGAAAUGGGUGAACUCAGGAGAGCUGCUGCACACUGCGGGCCCCAGGAGACACCCGGAGUGCGGCUGGCAGACCCUCAGGGAAAAGCUGCAGCCUUCCAGCCCAGGAAAGGGCACAGACAGUGACCAGAAAGGCCGAGGUAAGCCCCUGCGCCCAGUGAGUCCAGUGCGACCGCAGGAGCAGGACUGGAAGAGUCCAGGAGAUGUUCACCAAGCCCAAAAGAUGGAGAAGGACUGGAAGCGUCAAGAAAAGCCCAUGUGCCAUGCUGAGUUGAUGAACCAACUGGAAAGGGAGUGGAAGAGCUUCACUAGGUGUGUAGAUGCGGGACCACGGCCUGACAACAGCUGGAGAAGGCCUGAGAGCCCAGCGCAGCGCUUGGAAGAUGACUGGAAGGGCCCAGAGCCAGUCCGAGCCUCAAACAACCCAGAAAAGCCAUUGGAAAAUGACUGGGGGAACAAGAAGAACUUUUUUUCUCAUUCGCAGCUGGGUGGAGGCAGCCUCCCACCACAAAGCAGUGCCAGCUCCUCGGGAAGCCAACACCCAUACCUGAAUGCCAGCGAGAAACACCACAAGCCAGAUCUUCUCAAUUUCAAGAAGGGAUGGAUGUCCAUCCUGGAUGAGCCAGGAGAGUGGAAGAAACAUUGGUUCGUGCUGACUGACUCAAGCCUGAGGUAUUACAGGGACUCUAAUGCUGAGGAGGCAGAUGACCUCGAUGGUGAAAUCGACCUUCGUUCCUGCACAGAUGUGACUGAAUUUGCAGUGCAGCGCAACUAUGGCUUCCAGAUACACACCAAGGAUGCCAUCUUCACGCUGUCUGCCAUGACCUCGGGCAUCCGGCGGAACUGGAUUGAGGCGCUGAGGAAGAACGUGCGCCCCGUCAGCGCGCCAGACGUCACCAAACUCUCCGACUGCAAUAAGGAGAACUCGUUCCGAAACUGCGUCCCUCAGAAGAGCUCGCUGAGGACAGAGGAGCAGCAGCGGGCAGGCUCGGGCUCCGGCUCCGAGGUCAUCUCCAAGGGCACUCCCUGGAAGGCAGACGGGCAGCGCCAGGCUUUUGACUAUGUGGAACUGUCCCCCUUGCAGCAGGGCCCUGUGAACCAGGGCUCUCCACAGAGGACAAGAGGGAGUUUGAGGGUCUCUGACCGAACUCCCAGGCAUGACGAUCUGGAGCGGGAUCAGGCCAUCCGUUCGGAGGAGAGGCGCAAGUGGUUUGAGGCCACCGAUGGCGUGGGCCCACAAGGCGAUGGCUCAGCAGGGGACCCCUCCCGCAAGGUGGGGCAGCAGGAUGUCCCCCCUUCCCCACUGUCUGAGGACCAGCGGAUUCGGCUGAGCGAGGAGAUAGAGAAGAAGUGGCUGGAGCUGGAACGUCUGCCUUUGAAGGACUCGCGGCGGGUGCCCUUGACAGCGCUGCUGAACCAGAGCAAGGGGAGCCACGGAGAAACCAAUGAAGCACUGAAGAAGGAGGUCCAGUCCCUACGGGCACAACUGGAGUCCUGCCGGGCCCGGAACGAGAGCCUUCGGGAUGCGGCCAGAUCCCAGGGAGAGGGGCACGUGCCCCGGGGAUACAUCUCACAGGAGGCUUGUGAACGCAGCCUGGCCGAGAUGGAGUCGUCCCACCAGCAGGUGAUGGAGGARCUCCAGCGGCACCAUCAGCGGGAGCUGGAGCGGCUGCGGCAGGAGAAGGAGCGGCUCCUCGCAGAGGAGGCCGCAGCGACAGCCGCAGCCAUUGAAGCACUGAAGAAAGCCCAUCGAGAGGAGAUGAAUAAGGAGCUGGGGAGGACACGCAGCUUCCAGCAGGCUGGCGCAGGUGCAGAAGCCCUCCAGAAGCAGCAUCAGUUGGACGUGGAUUCCCUGAAGCGGGAACUGCAGGUGCUCUCAGAGCAGUACUCCCAGAAGUGCCUGGAAAUCGGGCAGCUCACGGAGAAGGCGGAGGAGCGGGAGCAGACRCUGCAGCGCUGUCAGCAAGAAGGGAAGGAGCUGCUGCGGCAGAACCAGGAGCUGCAGUCCCGGCUCUCGGAGGAGAUCGGGAAGCUGAGAAGCUUUAUUUCAUCACGGGGCUCCGGGGACCGGUCUCCGCACAACAACGAGCGGAGCUCCUGCGAGCUGGAGGUACUGCUGCGGGUGAAGGAGAAUGAGCUGCAGUACCUAAAGAAAGAGAUCCAGUGUCUCCGGGAGGAGCUUCAGAUGAUGCAAAAGGAUAAGAGAUUCGCCUCAGGGAAAUACCAGGAUGUCUAUGCGGAGCUGAAUCACAUUAAGGUGCGCUCAGAGCGGGAGAUUGAGCAGCUGAAGGAGCAUCUGCGCCUGGCCAUGGCGGCCCUGCAGGAGAAGGAGUCGCUGUGCAACAGCCUCAGCAAGUAGCGGGAGGGAGAGGAUGAAUCCCAUCUGUAAUCGCCUUGGCAAGAAAUCUCCCUUCCCCAUGCAGCUUCCUCACUCCCUUCCCAAAGCUUUCGAUGAAGCCCUUCCAAACUCCUUUCACCUGCGUAUCUGAGCACAUUGUUUGGACCGGCUCCUUUCGUGCACCUUCUUCAGGAUUUUAUAUGUGGAAAAAAUAUAUAUUUUAUAGAUUUUUUUUUUUCCUGGAAAGAGGAGAUUUAGGAGGGGGAAACUUUUUACAUCACCAGCAUCUUCUAACCUGAAAAAAAGCAAAAGAGAAUUUGUUUUCCCUCCUCCCCAGCUGUGUUCCUCUUGGUCACAAAGCCACCUUCAGCUGGUCCUAUUUCCUCUCUUCCAAAUGUCUCUGAGGCCCCGCUGGGACCUACUGUGAGGACAAGGCUCCCCCCACGCCAUCCCCAGGGACCUGCAGACAAGACCGACCAAAGCCAUAGGGGGGAGCUAAUGGGCAGCCUGCCACGGAUAUGCUUCGAAAGAGGAGACCUUGGCGAAAGGCUGCGUGAUGAAGCACUCGGUGACUGUCCUUUGGCUCCUGCAAGAACUGAGUUGGCAGGAGCCUGGGUCUGUGGGGGUCCUCCUCCAGCUGCCCCCCAUUCGGGAAAAUGGAGAUCCUGUCUUCUCCA